AAGUACAGAAAAAAAGACACUUGUCGAGGCAAACUAAAAAAAAAGAAACAAAAAAUUAAACCCUUAUCCAUGGAUGAUGAACUGGAAGACAAAGUUUUCUAUCAAACAUACGUUUCACAUAUGAAAAUCCUAUCAAAGUUUGCUGUGGGCUUCUCGUCCAUUAAUUCCCCACUGGCCUAUAUAUGGAAAUUAUGUCGACUCUAUGUAUUGAGGCCAGAGGUUAUAUUUUGCGGCCUUAUACUGUUCGUCUUGUUGAUAUAUUUGCAAGCGGUCGAUGUAUGGAGCCGCAGCAUAUUGGGCCGAAUUCAAGCCACUUUGGGUCACAAGAAGGCCACCAGAAUGAUGGAGAUGUCAGCCAGUGCUGGUGAUCAUCAGAGCUGGGAGGAAGUCCAUCAGCAGAGUUCAGCAUUCGCGGUGCUAGGACGACGACCUCGUAUGGAAGAUAGAUACAUUAUCGAGGAAAAUAUUAACAAUUCGACGGGCAUAUCUUUUUUUGCUGUUUUCGAUGGUCAUGGCGGUGAAUUUGCAGCCGAUUUUGCCAAAGAUAUUUUGGUUAAGAAUAUAUAUAACAAAAUUAUUGAGUCAUCAAAACUAUUGAAAUCUGGUGAUACUGGUGCCGGUUUCAAUAAUUAUGAAAAGAGUCCCUACUUGGCACGCAAACAGAGUCGCAAGGAUAACAACAAUAAAGAAAAUACGGAGCCCCUCGUCUCACGUAGAGAUAGUUUACGCAAAGCACAUAGCACUACGGCCGAUUGUAGUGCCCUGAAACCGAAUGCUGCUAAGACAACAGAAGCAUCUAUAGCUGAUAUUUAUACGGCCCAAUUGAAUACAGCAAUGCGUGCCAGCGGUAGCAAUAAUGCUGCCAAGGAUUCAUUUUUCAAUCAAAAUAAUAAUAUUAAUGGACAAAAUGGUGGAGAUAAUGCACCGCCAAAUUUAGAAGCGAAAUGUUACAUUGAAAAUGGACGUAUCAAUUUUGGCAAACUAAUUACGGAUGAGAUUUUGUCAGCUGACUAUAAACUAGUGGAACAGGCCAAAAGGGCGACAAAUAUAGCCGGGACAACCGCUCUCAUAGCCAUUGUACAAGGCUCUAAGCUAAUUGUGGCCAAUGUGGGUGAUUCUCGUGGCGUAAUGUAUGAUUCACGUGGCAUAGCAAUACCAUUGUCUUUUGAUCAUAAGCCGCAACAGGUGCGUGAACGUAAACGAAUUCAUGAUGCAGGCGGCUUUAUAGCCUUUCGUGGAGUUUGGCGUGUGGCUGGUGUAUUGGCCACAUCACGUGCCUUGGGUGAUUAUCCGUUAAAAGAUAAGAAUCUAGUCAUAGCCACACCGGAUAUAUUGACAUUUGAGCUAAAUGAUCACAAACCCCAUUUUCUUAUACUUGCCUCCGAUGGGCUUUGGGAUACAUUUAGCAAUGAGGAAGCCUGCACAUUUGUACAGGAACAUCUAAAAGAAUCCGAUUAUGGAGCCAAAUCAUUGGCCAUGGAAUCGUAUAAGCGUGGAUCUGUGGACAAUAUAACCGUAUUGGUUAUAAUAUUUAAAGACGAUGUCUAUAAAAUUGGCAAUAGCAACACCAACAGCAAAAAGAAUGAAGCACCAACUCUUGCCAAAUCCUCAUCAUUAGCAAAUGCUCCGGCAGCUGCUGCUGCUGCGGACGCCGCCGGUUCGUCCUCUUCUUCUGCCGUGAAACGCUCCAAUUCGAUCAAAACCAAAUAAGCAGCUACUUACAAUCCUAGAGUGCCUCUUUACUACUAUCCUUUAAACUGAGCAAAAAAAAAAACACAAAAAACUCGAAAAAGAAUAUCAGAACAAAAAGUGCCCGUAAAUCAUUUCUAGUUAAGUGUUUUUUUGUUCUUUUUUUAAAUUAAUUGUUAUUUAUUUUUCAAUCUUCAUUCACUCGAAAAAAAAGCACACACAUCACACGAA